GGCUUGCAUGCGCUGUGCUGGGGCUCCUCGCCUCGCAUCCCCGAGCUCUUACUGCCAGGGGCUCCGUAGGGAGCUGGGCGGCCGCGGGACGCCGCCGCCAGGGCCGCCGGGCGCGAACCCCGGGGCCUCCGGGCAUCGUGUGGGGCUGGGUGCUGGGGUCUUUGUUACAAGAACUAUGGGUGCGCUCCGUGUAGAGGCGUAACCCCGCCGUCUCUGCCGUUCCCGCGGUGUAGCUGGGUCGCGGCCGAUGUAUUUCUUUAUGGGUUUUUUCCGAGGCUGGCGCUGCAUUUUGGGGGAAGUGGCCGGGAAUCGAGGCAACUUCUUCCGCGGAGCAGCCCUAGGCGCAGCCGCGGGCUUUGUUCGCGACCGUGGGCUGGGGCCGCGGGCUCACCUCCCCGCCCGUUCCCCACCGACAGUGGCCGCCUUCCCUUCCGUCCUGGCCCCGGUGAAGGUGGGAUGCCGGCUGCCCUCCCUCCACCCGCGAAGCGUGGCUCUGGAGUAGGGAUGCUCCCCGCCCCUUUCUGCCGGACGCCCCAAGCCUCUUACCCCCCGGGCCGGCGGCACUGCCAAGCCGCUUCUCCUUGGCCGGGGAGCGCAGGCGGACGGGCUGGCCAAGGCCAGACCCCUCCGUGGCCGCCCGGCGGGCGGGAAGCCGUGCAAGGCAGCGCAACUCUUCUCCCUCCGCCCCGCACUCGCCCUGUCGCUCCUUCAGCCCCUCUCCGCCCUCGGGCUCCGGGCCAAGUGGGAGAAACGGCGGAAAAGAGAAAGUUUUUUUUUAAUGGCGAGUAACAGGGCUGGCCCUCCAGGAGGGGCUGCAGGCUGCCGACGCGGCGCCCCGCAAACGCCCCGCGCCGCGGCGGGGCGCGGGUCUGGCGGCGGGGCGCGGCGACGCCGGGCGGGGACCGGGAGCGGGGCUCCUUCGUGCCGAGGAUGCUGAGGUUGGGAGAAAUGCCGAGGAGGGAACAGCAUGCUGCUGAGGGUGAAGUGAAGAAGUGAAGCCUCACAGCUGAACUACUAUGAGGUCAGAAGCCUUGCUGCUAUAUUUCACACUGCUACACUUUGCUGGGGCUGGUUUCCCAGAAGAUUCUGAGCCUAUCAGUAUUUCGCAUGGCAACUACACAAAACAGUAUCCGGUGUUUGUGGGUCACAAACCGGGGCGGAACACCACACAGAGGCACCGGCUGGACAUCCAGCUUGUCAUGGUCAUGAACAGGACCCUCUACGUUGCUGCUAGGGACCAUAUUUAUACUGUUGAUAUGGACACAUCACAUACAGAAGAAAUUUAUUUUAGCAAAAAAUUGACAUGGAAAUCUAGACAAGCUGAUGUAGAUACAUGCAGAAUGAAGGGAAAACAUAAGGAUGAAUGUCAUAACUUUAUUAAGGUUCUCCUAAAAAGAAAUGAGGAUACACUGUUUAUCUGUGGAACAAAUGCAUUCAACCCUUCUUGCAGGAACUACAAGAUGGAUACCUUGGACUAUCUGGAAGAGGAAUUCAGUGGAAUGGCCAGGUGCCCCUAUGAUGCAAAGCAUGCCAACGUUGCGUUGUUUGCAGAGGGAAAGCUGUAUUCUGCCACAGUGACUGACUUCCUUGCAAUAGAUGCGGUCAUAUACCGGAGCCUGGGAGACAGCCCAACUCUGCGGACAGUUAAACAUGACUCCAAGUGGUUGAAAGAGCCGUACUUUGUUCAGGCAGUUGACUAUGGCAAUUACAUAUACUUCUUCUUCCGGGAAAUAGCAGUGGAAUACAACAGCAUGGGAAAGGUUGUUUUCCCAAGGGUGGCCCAGGUUUGCAAAAAUGACAUGGGAGGAUCUCAGAGAGUGCUGGAAAAACAGUGGACUUCCUUUCUCAAGGCUCGGUUGAACUGCUCAGUUCCUGGCGACUCACACUUCUACUUUAACAUACUGCAGUCAGUCACAGAUGUUAUCCAUUUCAAUGGCCGGGAUGUUGUUUUAGCAACAUUCUCCACUCCAUAUAAUAGCAUCCCUGGCUCUGCAGUCUGUGCCUAUGACAUGCUUGACAUUGCCAAUGUAUUUACUGGGAGAUUCAAAGAACAAAAGUCUCCAGACUCCACAUGGACACCAGUUCCUGAUGAACGAGUGCCCAAGCCCAGGCCUGGUUGCUGUGCUGGCUCUACAUCAUUAGAAAAAUAUGUAACAUCUAAUGAGUUCCCAGAUGAUACUCUGAACUUCAUCAAAACACAUCCACUGAUGGACGAGGCUGUACCUUCCAUUGUCAACCGACCCUGGUUCCUGAGAACAAUGGUCAGAUAUCGCCUGACCAAAAUUGCUGUUGACUCUGCUGCUGGGCCAUAUCAGAACUAUACCGUGGUUUUCUUGGGGUCAGAGAAGGGAAUCAUCCUGAAGUUCUUGGCACGGACAGGAAACACUGGUUUCCUAAAUGACAGCCUUUUCCUGGAGGAGAUCAAUGUUUACAAUCCUGAAAAGUGCAGCUACGACGGCAUGGAGGACAAGCGGAUCAUGGGCAUGCAGCUUGACAAGCCCAGCAGCGCCCUGUACGUCGCCUUCUCCACCUGCAUCAUCAAGGUUCCCCUGGGACGCUGCGAGCGUCACGGCAAGUGCAAAAAGGCCUGCAUAGCAUCGAGGGACCCGUACUGCGGAUGGGUGAAGGAGAGCGGGGCAUGCACGCAGCUGGUCCUUGGCUCCAAACUGGCAUUUGAACAGGACAUAGAACGUGGCAAUACAGAUGGCCUGGGUGACUGCCAAAAUUCCUUCGUAGCCCUGAAUGGACACUCCAGUUCCCUAGUCCCAAGCACCACCACUUCUGACUCUCGCGCUCGACAGGGUUAUGAUGCUAGGGGACGCAUGCUGGAUUGGAAGGAUCCGCUUGGUUCAUCUGAAAAUACAGAUCCAUAUGUGGCAGUUUCAUCCCAUAAUCAUCAAGACAAGAAGGGAGUGAUUCGGGAGAGUUACCUGAAAGGUCAUGAUCAGCUGGUGCCAGUCACCCUGUUGGCCAUUGCUGUUAUUCUUGCUUUUGUCAUGGGGGCCAUCUUUUCGGGAAUCAUAGUGUACUGCAUCUGCGACCACCGCCGCAGAGAUAUGGCUGUUGUGCAGAGAAAGGAGAAGGAGCUGACCCACUCCCGCCGUGGCUCCAUGAGCAGUGUUUCCAAGCUCAGUGGGCUCUUUGGGGAUGCUCAGUCCAAGGAGCCAAAGCCUGAAGCUAUCCUCACACCUCUGAUGCACAAUGGCAAGCUGGCUACCCCGGGCAGCACUGCCAAGAUGCUAAUCAAAGCUGACCAGCACCAUCUGGACCUGGCUGCCCUGCCAACCCCUGAGUCCACCCCAACCCUGCAGCAGAAGAGAAAGCCCAGCCGAGGCAGUAGGGAAUGGGAAAGAAACCAGAACCUCAUCAAUGCCUGCACAAAAGAUAUCCCCUCCAUGGCCUCGCCAGUGAUACCAACCGACCUGCCGCUCAGGGCUUCUCCCAGCCACAUCCCCAGUGUUGUGGUCCUGCCCAUAGCCCAGCAAGGCUACCAGCACGAGUAUGUUGACCAGCCAAAAAUGAGCGACGGGGCUCAGAUGUCCGUGGAGGACCAGAAUGCCACUCUUGAGUACAAAACUAUCAAGGACCACCUCAGUAGCAAAAGCCCCAGCCAUGGAGUUAACUUGGUGGAAAAUCUCGACAGCAUGCCACCGAAAGUCCCCCAGCGGGAGGCUUCCCUGGGACCCCCAGGCACCUCGCUGUCACAGAGCGGGCUGAGCAAGCGGCUGGAGAUGCACCCCUCUGCUUACAACGUGGACUACAAGAGAAGCUACCCCACAAACUCACUCACGAGAAGUCAUCAGGCAUCAACCCUCAAAAGAAACAACACUAACUCCUCCAACUCGUCCCACCUGUCCCGCAAUCAGAGCUUCAGCCGGGGUGACAACCCGCCACCGGCCCCGCAGCGAGUGGACUCCAUACAGGUCCACGCUGCUCAGGCACAGGCUGUGACUGUAUCCCGGCAGCCGAGCCUCACUACCUACAACUCACUGACGAGGUCAGGCUUGAAACGCACGCCCUCGCUAAAGCCAGACGUACCUCCCAAACCUUCCUUUGCUCCGCUUUCCACGUCCAUGAAGCCCAACGAUGCGUGCACAUAAUCAGAGGGGGAGGGUGAGUGGGAGGAGGAUGGCAAUUAAGCAGAAGUUGCCCUUGAAAGCCACUGUUCUGCAACUGUUAUCACUCGCUCCUCUGAGAAGAUGGUUGUUGCAAGCUGAAGAUGUGUUGGAUUUCUGCUCUCUGGGAAAAGUGGAAUAUUUUUUUAAACCCGAGCCAUAUGACCCAUGGUUGAAGGUUUGCAAUUGCAGGAUUCACCCCCACAACCUGCCAGUUCUUUGCUCAAAAGACUAACCCUCCAUCAAAAACAUUGAGCCAAAAGCACACAGGUGAAAGUGACUGUGACAUUUCACCCCCUGCCCCUAACUGCACAGUGCAUUCCUGAACUGGGAAAGAGUGCUCUGAAAAGCAAAACAAAUGUAAAAAACAUACAAAUGUUAAAAAAAAAAAAAAAAAAAAAAAAGAAAGAAAAAAAAAAAAAAAAAAAAAAAAAAAAAAAAUUUUUACAAAAGGAAGAAAAAAAUUUUAAAAAUCAAUUGAUAAAGCUAACUCUGACUUAACAAUGGCAGAGGUUUACCACUACCAGGUACUGUGAAAUUAUGCCCUUCAGUGUUACAGUCAUUUGGUCAUAGCAGUUAAAUGCCGGCUUGGGCGAACUAUGUCAUAGAUUUCUGCUACUCUUGUCUUUUAAUGAAUAACAUGUGACUGUUAACUCAAGUAACUCCUCUUAUUUAUUGUUCAACUUUUAUUUUUCUUAAGGAACUGACCUUCAUUAUCAUCCCACGAGCAGCUUUUCAGAGAAGUACCUUGAAAGUUAUACCUAUUUAACAUGAAACCCAUUAACUGGAGUAAUUAGAACUCUUUUAUUUUUCCAAUAAAUUCACUGAGUUAGAUAAGUUGGAGCUGGAUUUCUGAACUUUGUGCCUGGACUGCCUGGUUAGCUGAACAAAAAAGGGGAUAUCUAUUUAAGUCUCUCAGCUAAUUAGCUGGCUGGGCCUCUGACCUAAGACAGCAACAAAUACCGCAAGUUCAUAACUUCUAAAGCAGCUGCAAGAGAAACUUAAAAGCUGCACAUCUGUGCAACAUUGCUAUCAACAUGGCUUUGUCAGUAGCUAAUACUUUCUGUGAAGGCACCAGCUUGUGAUGUGCCAUCUCAUUUCACCUUGCAUGUGAGACGGCAAACAAAAUCCUCAAACAGUGUGAACUAGCUAAUAUGCCGGCUGUUACCAUGCAUAAAUUAUGGUCUUAUCACACGGGUUUUUCGUGGGAAUAUAUCUGUGAAUAGCCUGUUUUCUUCCACAUGUAAAUUUGUGCCUUACACCCUCAGUUGUGUAUAUUUGUGAGCUGUAGUAUGUAAAACCUUUUUCUUUUUCCCCUUUGAGUAAUGCAAAUAUUUAUUGAUUCUUCCUCCUCCAAGCCCCUUCAAAAACUGGAGUAAAGACAUUGAAAGAAGAAUGUGGUGGUUAUUUUCAUAACCCUCACAUCCCUAAAGAAAUUAGGCUAGCACCAUACCCUCCAAAUUUGACUUUCUAGCUGUGCCAAGUCCUCUCUCAAAGCCACCCACAGGUGGUGGUUGUGCUCCCAAGGCACCGUGCUGGGGGUUCUGCCUUCCCCCACCUCCCGCUCCCUUUUUACAGCAUGUCAGCGUGGAGAUCGUUCUCACUGGCAGCAGGAAAAUGACUAACACCCUUGUCCAUGGAGCUGGUACAUCCCCUGGCUGGGGACAGCACUGGUGAGAGGGGCCAAGCCCUGCAGAAAGCCCAGCCACACAUCCUGCAGCAUGCAGGGCACAUGGAGCUAGGACAGGCAGGCAGGCUCCUGCUGUAGCUACCUGCUGCUCCAGAAGGAUGCUGCAUAUACUUCUUUGGGGAAAAACGUGGGUUUUGGUUUUUUUUCCUUUGUUCUUUUGUGUGACUGUGCAUGUAGCUAGUGUGGGAGUGUGCGUGCGCACAGGUGUGUGCGUGUGUGUGCGCGCGCAGGUGUGCAAGUUCCUUUCCAGUCUUUCAGUUUAUGCAAAAACGUAGCUGUGUUUUUAAUCUGUUACAAUAACUGUGUCAACAUACUGUAGAAAAAUGAUGGGGAUCGCUUCUAAGCUUUUUAUAUAUAUAUAUAUAUAUAUAUAUCUACUGAACAGUAUGUUUGAGUAAGGUGGUUGUUUCUGUUUCAAUUUGUUUUUUAAAAUUUUAUACUUCCAUUUGUUUUUCAGGGUUUUGGUUUUGUUUCUGAAUGAUUGAAAAGACAGAUUUUAAGUCCACUAGCUUAUAGAUGGUAUAUAUAAGGUCUGGAUGGUCUACACCAAAGUGUGUAACAAGGGUGCUUGCAUGUUCUUUCAUUUCAUCAUGGCUUCUUUUAUGAAACAGUUUUGUUCACCCGUAGUGAACUAUGCAGACUGGAGUAGAUAGAUCUGUAUCCAAAGCAAUGUUGUUGUUUUAAUAAAAACAAACUGAAAACCCUUUGAAAACAGCAGGGAGCAAGGUAAUUUUUCUUUUCAAGAACCAACUCAACACCUUUUUACCAAGCUCCAACCCCUGAAGCAGGGUUCCCUUGAUAUUAUCCCUCAACACGUUCUCCCAAAACACAGAGAUGGAUAAUCAUGGCAACAGCUUGUGCAGCGAUCUGCCUUCACAAAGUACAGCACAGUUACUGGGUUGACCUUGAAAUGUUCAUUUUGUAUUCAGUGGGUCUUCUGUUUUCAUCCUUUCCCAACCCCAGUUCUCUUCCACCCUCUGUUUUGAGGGGUUCGUGAACCUAUGUGUGCCUUUGCUUUCCACCCUUGCUAUACACUCGUAGAUGCAACAAAUUCAGACUCUCAUUUGUUGUAAAGUUGUAAAGUAUUGUGAUGUCACCAGUUUCCCUUCAUUUCCACAUCCCCCUAACAUAUGAUUCACAACUUAAUGUCGGUUGUAAAAGAAAAAAAAAAGGCAGGAAAGGAAAAGAAAAAGGAGGAGAGAUGGGAAAUAAAAGCUCUUGAUUACAUAUGGUAAUAAAACCAGACUGUUCUACCUUGUUUCUUGUUUCCUGGUUCUCUUGUUUCUAGACAAUUUAUCCUUUUCCUUUAAAAAAUACAAAUAAAUGCAAUGCUGAUCAUUUAGAUCAGGUUAUAGUAAGGAAGACAUUUGUUACUUUUUACCACUUACAGAAGACAGGAUUUAGUGUAAGGUGCUGGUAAUUAAUUAAAAGUUAAAUCACACGUUUGCUCUCCCUCUAUUCAUAUUUUGCAUUUAGCUUUUAUAAGCUUGUUGAUCAUCAAAUAUUUAUGACACACUUAAUAGUUUAAAAGAGCAAGGCCGGGAUUUAAGAACAUGUGGUCCACCAAAAUAGAUCAUCAUACAGAUGUGACUUCAUCUCCAGAUUUUACAUAUUAAUAGCAGAGUAACCUGUAUUUUCUUUCAGAAGGCAUAAAUCUGUUGUGCUUCACAGGCCUGAUUUAGAGGAUGUUGUCUGAGACUUAUUCUGCAAGAAAAUAGUAGUGAACAGAUAAUAACAGAAAAGUGUAGAAGUAAUGACUCCCUUGUCCUGGGAGUCACUGGAACAUACCUGGGUUCUUCACCUUGAUUUUCUGUAAAUGGGAUCACUUAUGCACAGCUAUUAACUACAGUACAAAUAAACAUUGGUUGUGUCCA